AUGGCUGCUGUCCACUGGCCCGAAGAUGAAUACCAGGAAACAGAAAUAGAAGCUUCCACCGAGCCACAAACAUCUUCCUCGCCCCCGCCAGCAGCGCCUUUGCAGACUAUCCCGGUACAUUCUUCCCUUCAGCGAAGGGAUGCUCCCGACACUGAAGGUACCCGAGUACCAUCAUCAUCCUUAGAGCAAUAUAGCACCUUGGCACGGAUGGCUGCUGUCCACUGGCCCGAAGAUGAAUGCCAGGAGACGGAACGCGAAGCUUCUGCUGAGCGACAAACAUCUUCUUCGCCCCCGCCAGCAGCUCCUUUGCAGACUAUCCCGGUAAAUUCUUCCCUUGAGCGAAGGGAUGCUCCAGAAACUGAAGGCCCCCGAGCACCAGAAUCAUCCUUAGAGCAAUUAAAUGCCCCCCCUGCCGAACCGACCCGACUCCCUUCAUCUUUCCUUACGCGUUGCAACGAGGCUUGUAUUGCCGACAGAGAGCAGCGAGCUGCAGGAAGUAGUACAAAGCGGCAAACGCUCCCUCAUGUCGACUGGGAAGCAAAGAUUUCAAUGUUAAACGAAAUUUGCGCUGAAGAAUCGCCAUCUACUCGCGCCGGAGGACCCCGCCACCCACGGAUCCACACCCUGAUCGGCCAAGAAGACUUGAUUCCUCCGCCACGACGAGGAACCCCUGCCACACCGGCUGAAAACUCUCAAUGGAGGUUCAACAGGAGGCUUCCACUCAUCUCACCUCGACCGCCAAGCAGCCCAAUCGGGCCAGUCCGUCGAGAGAGGACGCGCUGUCCUCGAGAUGACCCCUACGCCGCGAGCAGCCGUACCCGAGCCAGGGGACCAUAG